CGUGUGUGUGUGUGUGUGUGUUUGAGAGAGUGUGUGUGUGUGUGGCAUUUUUUGAAGACCGUUCUGUGAGGGAUUUUGAAUCCGCUUCCCACGGACGUGCUGGCGGGUCGCACCGCCGCCAGAAGAGGGCAUUCGGAUCCCGCCUGGUUAACAUUAAGUAGCUCGGGCAUGCAGACGCACGCGUUAACGCCGAACCUGCAGCGGACUCGGGAGGGAAAACGACCAGGAAAAGGAGGAUAUUUGGAUAUUGGAGUAUUUUCCCCGAGUUUUUUGCCGGUGACUCCCGGAGAAGCGGUGCGUUUGGCUGCUGCGGAGCGCGCCACGAGUGGUGCGGACUGAGCAUCCCCCUUUUUUUUUUUCUUUUUUUGGUGUGUAGACGACAGCGAGCUGCUGGGGGAGAUGCAUCUAAAUGCUGCUUUCUUGCCGGGGGAACAUCGCAUCCUACCGAGGUAAAGUUCUUCCCUGACGGGGGGUUGUUUUUUUUUUAGGGUCUUGGAUCUUUGACGCGCGUUCAGACACUGGCCAUGGCGCACUCGGAGGGGACUGCGCCUGCCGCAGCGCCGGGUUCUCUGGGGCUCCAACUUGGGUGUUUUUGCAGCAAAAACCAGGACGGGGAGUUUUGAAAAAAAAAUCAUCGAAUAAAAAAAAAAAAUCCUUCCUGGAAGUGCUCGACUCGACGUGCGCUUUCAAGCCGGACUAGAGGAGAGGAAAAGGGGGGGCAGGUGCGCUCAGACUGCGGGUGCUUGUGGAUUAGGACGGUACCUGUUCGUGGAAAUGGCUACCAGGAUCCUGUAAAAAAAAACCAAAAAAAAAAACCUGUAGGUUGGACUGAACAGAUCUGCAGAUAUGGGCUGUGCUCUACAACGUCGUUGGCUUGUAGUCCAACUCCUGAUGCAGGUGUGGCUUGCAGCAAGCCCGGCUCUAACGGAUCGUCCAUGCCCAAAGAGCUGUCGCUGCGAUGGAAAAAUUGUGUACUGUGAGUCAAGUGCAUUCCGUGAUGUUCCCAAGAACCUCUCAGGAGGAUGUGAAGGACUAUCGUUAAGGUACAACAGUAUCAUGAACCUUCGAGCAGGUCAGUUUGUCGGCCUUAACCACCUCAUCUGGCUUUAUUUGGACCACAAUUACAUCACAUCUGUGGAUGGGAUGGCAUUCCAGGGAGUUCGCAGGCUCAAAGAACUCAUCUUGAGCUCCAACAAAAUCACAUCUCUUCACAACACCACGUUCCAUCCUGUACCCAAUUUGCGUAAUCUGGACCUGUCAUACAACAAACUGGAGGCGUUGCAGCCCGGGCAGUUUCAAGGCCUUCGGAAGCUACUCAGCCUUCACAUACGUUCAAAUUCACUAAAGAUCCUGCCGUUACGUCUCUUCCAAGAUUGCAGAAAUCUUGAGUUUCUGGAUCUGGGUUACAACCGUUUGCGCAGUAUCACCCGGAAUGCACUUUCAGGUUUAGUCAAACUCACAGAGCUGCAUCUGGAACACAACCAGUUCUCAAAGAUAAAUUUUUCCCAUUUUCCUCGUCUGUACAAUCUGCGGGCACUUUACCUUCAGUGGAAUCGCAUUCGCUCAAUGAGUCAAGGUCUGACCUGGAUUUGGGGCUCUAUCCAAAAGCUUGAUUUGUCUGGGAAUGAUCUGUCAGAUCUAGAUGCUGUGAUUUACCAGUAUUUGCCCAACCUGCAAACCCUAAAUUUGGACUCCAACAAGUUGACCAAUGUAUCCCAGGAGGCGGUGGAUGCCUGGAUCUCUGUCACUACAAUCAGUUUGGCGGGAAACGUGUGGGACUGUGGCCCAGCCAUUUGUCCUCUUGUAUCUUGGCUAAGAAAAUUCCGGGGUGCAAAGGAGACUACAAUGAUAUGUGCCUCUCCAAAGAGAGCCCAAGGUGAAAAAGUGAUGGACGCUGUUGAAGCCUUUGGGGUUUGUCAAUCAAACCCAGCGACGAUGCUCACAGCUAGCAUUCCUCCAACUCCAUACAGUGUUGUACAGCAGCCGGGAAAUCACCCAGCCAUUUUGGUAUUCCCCACCGGUCCUGGAAAGAAAGCAGAAGGAUCUAUUAGGGGACCAACGUCAUCAGCUGUUACCCAAACGGUGGCAUUUCCCCCAGAUCAAGACAUGGAGCCUGUGUCCUUCCAUAAGAUCGUUGCUGGAAGUGUUGCCCUUUUCCUUUCUGUAGCUAUGAUCCUGUUGGUAAUCUACGUGUCAUGGAAGCGCUAUCCUAGUAGUGUCAAGCAAUUGCAGGAGAAUUCAUCGGCGGCUCGCAAGCGCCGCAAGAAGUCAAGGGAAACAGAACGCACCUUGAGCUCUCCCCUGCAGGAGUACUAUGUGGACUAUAAACCCAACAACUCUGAGGCCAUGGAUGUGCUGGUCAACGGCACCGGAACCUGCACUUACACCAUCUCAGGCUCCCGAGAAUGCGAGGUUCCCCAUCAGAUGGGCGCACUGACCUUCUACCGAUACGAGCAGCCAAUCGUGGACUACUGCCAAGCCCACCAACCCCUGCGGUUAAACAUGGGCUAUGAAGGACCCCCUCAAGGCCUGGAGGAUCUAGGGCCGUGUGAGAGGGGGACUAUACAGACAGUGGCACUGCCGGCCGUGCCCACCGCGACCACCCUCGGACCCUCAGUGCCAGGGCCUCGCUCCCCCCCGGCCCUCAGACCACCGACCGAAGCUCCGAGUGGAACGCUUACCACCGAGCGCACCGGCACGCUAAAAUUUGGACGCUAGCGAGCCUUCGAGGGAUCAUGACUUGAAAAGGAUGGGGCAGCUGAGCCGGAUAUUCGUCGGGCCUUACGUUCUUAACACUAAGGGAGCAUGAACUGGAGAUCCAAAUUUAGAAAAUUAAUGUCAGGAUUUAUUUCGCUCGUUAUUAUCGCCGAUCAUUCGGUGGAUUAUGGUGAAUUUUUGCGACGACUUUAUGAAAGUGCACUUGCUCUCGCUGAUCAGUGCCAUGUCUUUUCACAAAUACGUAUAUUUCAUGAAGAAGAACAAAAUUCUAAUCACUAAGCUCAUCUUUGUUUUAUUUGACUUUUUUUU